AUGCAUCUCUUGAAUAAAUUACGAACAAGUUUUCGACGAAAACCAAAUGAAAGACAAUUAACCUUGUCUGAACAAAUUGAAACUCUCUUCAAGGAAUCAAAUAGAUUUGUUGAAGAUCAUCGAUUAAAAUUACUUCUUCAUGUUUAUGAAUAUCGAUUACGACAAUUCAAUUCAUUGGAUAUUUCAUUCGAAGAUUUCAAACGUAUUGAAUUCGAACGAUCAAUCCUUAAAAGUCUCCGUGCAAUUACAUCAAAUCUUCCGGCAAAGUCAUCACAUCUUUACAAAACAAUGCCAACAGCGACAUCUAGAAACAUGUCAUGA